AAAUAAAUCAAACCCCUUUUUCAAAAUAUUCAGCUCCUUUGAAAACUAGCCGUUAAACAUAAACUCUUUAUCUCUAUCUCACAAAUAGAUCAAACACAGCUAUAAUGGCAACUUCAGUUCAACUAUCUUCAUCAUCUCCAGUUACCCUUUUUAAGCAAUCUGGGAGCUCCAUGGAUUCAACUUCUGUGAUCAGCCCUUCUUCAGAUUCCAGUUUCUGGAGUGCUCUUCGCAAUCGGGUCGAUACGCUUCUUGAGAAUCGAAAGGCCAUUGAUCAAUCUUUGCCCACACUAGAGAAUGAGGGAAAAAUCGAGAGGGCGAAAAGGUUGAAGGAGGAUUCAUUGCUGUUGCUUAGAGGGUUUGACUCUGUUUCGAAUUCUCUUUCUCAAUUAUCUGGUAGUCUGGAUAAUGCUCUCCAGGGGGCAAGGGAACUGUCUAGGCCUCCCACAUUGUCACAAAUAGUUCGUGAAACUGUAGAGAAGGCGAAGGAAGAGGAUAAACAAUUUAAUGAAGAACAACAAAAGGGGGAUGAUGAAGAGACUGAAGAAGGUAAGCGAGGAAUGAAAAGGAAAGAAUGUCCAAAUGACGAAGGGGAUAAGGUGAAAGAGAAUGGCCAGAGUCCGUACGGGUUGGGGAAUUUCAAGAAAGCGAAAAAUAUUGCAAUGUCUAUGGCGAAAAAAGCAACUUCCAUCGCCAGAGAACUGAAAUCAGUGAAAUCUGAUUUAAGUUUUCUGCAGGAGCGCUGCUCUCUUCUUGAGGAGGAAAACAGGAGGCUUCGAGAUGGAUUUGCCAAAGGAAUUCGACCAGAGGAAGAUGAUCUGAUGAGGUUACAAAUGGAGGCACUUCUCGCUGAAAAGUCCAGAUUGGCAAACGAGAAUGCUGCUUUAACCAGGGAGAAUCAAUGCCUUAACCAGCUCGUUGAGUACCAUCAGCUCACGUCUCAGGACCUCACAGAAUCGUAUGAGCAUGAUAUAACAGGCGUGUGUUUGGACUUCUCAUCUGUUCCCCAAACCAUUCCGGAAGAAGAGGAAGGCGAGGAUGCAGAUAAUGAAGCUCCCAAGACACCUCUCACUGAUAGACAUGGUUUCUCAUUCUCUGAAUGAUGUAGAUGAAUUUUGGCUUUCGCGCAUAUACCAUUCCUGCACUACAUGAAUUAUCGCAAAGUUUAUAAUAAUUCUUGUUAAGUAUAUGAGAACGAAUCUUUUAACUUUCUACA